CCUCGAGAGUUGCUCUUACUACAUCCACAUAAACGCUGUUGUCUCAUAUAACGUCGAAUCUUACUCCUUGUCGCAGUGACACUCUUGGCAUCCAUUGACGAGGCCACCAUGCCGUUUCAAGAGAUCCCUAUUAUCGACUUGUCAAUGAUCUCGACUGAGGACCCAGAUAUCAAGAAGGCGCUGUCGGAUAAAGUACGGGAUGCCUGUGUUAAUGUGGGUUUCUUCUACGUAAGGAACCACGGAAUAUCAGAAACUACCAUCCAAGAGGCCAUAGACCGCUCCAAAGACUUCUUUUCAUUACCGCUUGAGGACAAGAUGAUGAUUGAGAAUAAAAAAUCCACUAAUUUCAAAGGCUACUCUCCUCUUCUUAGCGGCAACAAUGACCCCGAUAACGACGGUGACCUUCAUGAAGGCUUCGAGUUCGGUUUGGAGCAGACUGAGCCACAGCCGCAGGGCCAAGAGGACGUAUCGCAUGAUGGUGUCAUGGCCGGCGCAAACGUAUGGCCUUCGCAGCUGCCCGAGUUUCGCCGAGCAGCGUUGCAAUACUAUCAUGCUGCUGUAAACCUGGGAAAAAAUUUGUUCCCUCUUUUUGCUCUCGCACUUGAUUUGCCUGAGAAUUUUUUCGAGGAUAAGACACGGCACUCAGCAGCCCUAAUGAGAAUGCUCCAUUACCCUCCGCAGACGGGCCCAGUUGGCGGACGUAUUCUUGGCAUCGGAGCGCACACAGACUGGGAGUGCUUUACUAUCUUGUGGCAAGAACCGGGAAUCCAGGCACUGCAAGUUCUGAACCCGAACCAGGAGUGGAUAGACGCGCCACCAAUCCCAGGAACCAUGGUCAUCAACCUUGGCGACCAAUUAGCUCGCUGGACGAAUGAUGUGUUCAAGUCCACGGUCCACCGCGCUAUCAAUCGUAGUGGCGUUCGUCGUUACUCCAUCCCUCUUUUCUUUGGAACGGACUACGACGUCAAACUGGAGCCCAUUCCUAGUUGUGUAUCUGAUAAACGCCCGAUGAAGUACGAAGUGAUAACUGCAGGAGACUAUGUUAAAGCUAAAUUGAAGGCGACGUAUGGUCAUUAAACGAAGCGGUCCCCGGGCCGAAGAUCUAUGGUAGCUAUUAUAUGGCUAAGACUGGGACUAGAGCCAUGCUGUAUGUGUAGUAGGUGAAUUUUACCGGUUUGGUCCGAGCUUCUCAAAGUUAAUCCGAGUCU